CAGUCGCUGUCAGUGGGUGUUUGAUUUUAAUUUACCUAUAUAUAAAUUUUGUAAAAAUAAAAGAUUAAUAUGGUCAGGGCGCUCUUGGAAGAUGAAAAAACUGAAAUUGAGGUGGACGAUAGCUUUUACGAUGACUGGGACUCUGAAAUAAAUCGCUUCAGAAGACAGGAACCUCCGGAGUCGGAAACGGAAACGAAGGAGUAUUUCCUGGUUCCAUUAUAUGCUAUUACAGGAUUCUUCGCUGUGAUGAUGUUUAUAGGACCGUUCUUUGUAAGAAGAGGCCCACUUAGAGGAAUCAUCCAAAGCAGUAUUAUGUUGGCAGCAUUCUGUAUGUGGAUUUUUUGGUUUACAAUUUACUUUGGACAAAUGAAUCCGCUCAUGGGACCUCGGUUAGACAACACCACAGUCGCAUGGAUCGCCUACAAACUGGGCAACUCUGUCGAAACAUAAAGAGGCUAGUAGUUUUAAUUUUAUAUAUAAGUUGCAUUUAUUUUUCAUUUUUUUUAUUGAAUAGAAUAUAUUUUUUUACAUAAACUCGAUUUGUAUUAUCACUGAAUGUUAAUGUUUUUUUUAAAUAAGGCGCCGUCUGAUUUAUUGUGUUAUGUGGACAUGUAUAAGCAGAUUGUUAAUUUAGAGAUACUAUAAGCAGAAUUGUUAAUUUCAUUUGUAUAUAAAGUAGUUUAUCAUAAAAACC